UUUUCCGUUUAGGAAAGUGAGAUUGGGCGGUGACGUCACUUCCCCUUUGCGCUGGAACAACACAAGAACUUUUUCCUUGGCUUCCAGGCUGCCUUGAGGACAGCUUUUGUUGUUGGGAGUUUUAAGCCAGACGAAAGAACCCUAAGAUGUCGCCUCCUUCGCGACGGCUUCAGACCAAGCCGGUCAUCACCUGCUUGAAGACUUUCCUCAUCUCGUACAGCCUCAUUUUCUGGUUCACGGGGAUGAUCCUGCUGGCGGUGGGCGUGUGGGGGAAGGUCAACCUGGAGGCCUACAUCACGCUGGUGUCGGACGACACCACCAACGCGCCGUACGUCCUCAUCGGGACCGGCGCCGCCAUCAUCGUCUUCGGGCUGUUCGGCUGCUUCGCCACGUGCCGCGGCAGCCCGUGGAUGCUCAAACUGUACGCCAUGUUCUUGACCGUGGUCUUCCUGUCCGAGCUGGUGGCCGGAAUAUCGGGCUUCAUCUUCCGCCACGAGAUCAAGGCCAAGUUGGGCAGCGCGUACCAAAACGCGGUCAAGUCGUACAACAGCACCGAGAGCAGCAGAAGUGCGGUGGACGCCAUCCAGAGGACCUUGCGAUGCUGCGGCGUGAAAAACUACACGGACUGGGCCAACACGGACUACUUCAGAGAGCAGGGCAUCCCCGCCAGUUGCUGCAAAGUCAACACCAAGUGCCCCCCCGAGACCCUCAAGGACCUGGACAAGGCUCAGAACGAAGUCUACAACACCGGCUGCUUCUCACUGGUGACCUACGUGAUGGAGUCCAACUUGGGCAUCAUUGCCGGGAUCUCUUUCGGAAUCGCCUUCUUCCAGCUCAUCGGGAUAUUCCUGGCCUGCUGCUUGUCUCGAUACAUAACCAACAACCAGUACGAGAUGGUGUGAAAGCGACGUGACGGCGCCUCUCGCAGGUGACUCGGCGUGCCGCUCUCGACUUGGAUGACUGACGCUUUUUUUAACAAUGAGAAACCAAACUGCUGCCUCUGUUUUGUUUUUUUUUUGUACUCGCUCGAGGAGCAGAAGGGAAGAUUGCAAAAGGGACAACAUUUCAACUUGUAUUGUUUGAGGAGGAAAAAAAAAAAAUCAAUGUGUAGAUGUUCUCUUUUUAUUGUGCUUAAGUAUUCAUUUAAUGUGUUUACAUGUCUCACUUUUAAGCCGUUGUUGUUUUUUUUUUAAUUUUGACAAAAUGUGUAUGACGAGAAAACUGACAAGGGAAUGUGUGCGAGGUGAUUUGUGAGCCCGUGUAAAGUGCCAAUUACGAGAACCCAUAAUUUCAUAUCAAAGUCGUCGGCGUGUUAAUUGCUUUUUGUUGGUGAAUGCAUGUGAAAUACUGGAAAAAAAAUAAAAUAAAAGGUG